AUUCGGGGCUGUGAACAAGAAGAUUUUCAGGCCAGGAAUGGGAAGAUUUGGGGCUGGGAAGAUUUUGGUUGGAGCCAGGGAGAUCUCGGCUCUCUGGGCCCACCUGCUUUGAAGUUGGGCCCUGCCAGUUUUGGGGAGCUGCUCCUUCCAGCCGAGGCUGUGCUGGAAUUCAGGAAAACGAGGGGAAACCCCGGAAUGCUCCUUGGGGUUUCCCUUGGGAACCAAACAAAGACCAAACCCCGGGGAGGAGGUGACGCAGCGUGGGGGGCAGCCCCGCAGCGUGAGCUCGAGGGACAGCAUGGCUGCCACUGCUGCUGUCAGCCCCAGUGAAUACCUGCAGCCCGCCGCCGCCGCCGCCGCCCAGGACUCCCAGCCCUCUCCCCUGGCCCUGCUGGCAGCCACAUGCAGCAAGAUCGGUCCCCCCGCCGUGGAAGCCGCCGCGGCGCCGCCGGCGCCUCCGCAGCCCGCCCCUCGCAAGCUGGUGCCCAUCAAACCCGCCCCGCUGCCCCUGGGCUCGGCCAAGAGCAGCAUCGGCAUCCUGUCCUCCAAAGGGAACCUCUUCCAGAUCCAGGGCUCCCAGGUGGGCGCCUCCUACCCCGGGGGGCAGCUGGUUUUCGCCAUCCAGAACGCGGCCGUGCUCAACAAAGGCUCGCGCUCCUCCUCCUCCUCCUCCUCCUCCUCCUCCUCCUCGUCUUCCUCCUCCAACAUCCAGUACCAGGCGGUGCCGCAGCUGCAGCCCGGCGGGGCUCAGACCAUCCAGGUGCAGCCUAACCAGAUCCAGAUCAUCCCAGGCACCAACCAGGCCAUCCUCACGCCCUCCUCUUCCUCGCACAAGCCCGUGCCCAUCAAGCCGGCCCCGGCGCAGAAGGCGGCGGCGGGAUCGGGAUCGGCCGGCGUGGUCAAACUGCCCGGGGGUGGCAACGUCACCCUGACCCUGCCCGUCAACAACCUGGUGAGCCCCGAGGCUGGGCAGGCCCAGCUGCUCACGGACAGCCCUUCCAAACCCGGCAAGAAGCCUCGCAAAAAGGCCCCGUCCCCCGGGCAGCCCGCCGCCGUGGCCGUGGCCGAGCAGGUGGAGACGGUGCUGAUCGAGACCACGGCCGAGAACAUCAUCCAGGCUGGCAACAACCUGCUGAUCGUGCAGAGCCCCGGCUCGGGCCAGCCGGCCGUGGUGCAGCAGGUGCAGGUGGUGCAGCCCAAGCAGGAGUCGCAGGUGGUGCAGAUCCCGCAGCAGGCGCUGCGCGUGGUGCAGGCGGCCUCGGCCACGCUGCCCACCGUGCCCCAGAAAUCCUCCCAGAACUUCCAGAUCCAGGCGGCCGAGCCCACCCCCACCCAGGUUUACUUCAAGACGCCGUCUGGCGAGCUGCAGACCGUGCUGCUGCAGGAGGCCUCCUCGCUGCCGGUGGCCCCGGCGCCGGGCGCGUCCUGCGGCAGCCCCGGGCCCGGCCGCAGGGCGGCCCCGCGCAAGGAGCGGCCGCUGCCCAAGAUCGCCCCCGCCGGGGGAAUCCUGAGCCUGAGCGCGGCGCAGCUGGCAGCAGCUGCCCAGGCCAUGCAGACCAUCAACAUCAACGGCGUGCAGGUGCAGGGCGUGCCCGUCACCAUCACCAACAGCGCAGGCCAGCAGCAGCUGACGGUGCAGAACGUGUCCGGCAACAACGUGACCAUCAGCGGGCUGAGCCCCACCCAGAUCCAGCUGCAGAUGGAGCAGGCGCUGUCCGGGGACAUCCAGCCGGGCGAGAAGAGGAGGAGGAUGGCCUGCACCUGCCCCAACUGCAAGGACGGCGACAAGCGGCCGGGCGAUCCCGGGAAGAAGAAGCACAUCUGCCACAUCCCCGAGUGCGGGCGGACGUUCCGCAAGACGUCGCUGCUGCGGGCGCACGUGCGGCUGCACACGGGCGAGCGGCCCUUCGUGUGCAACUGGGUGUUCUGCGGCAAGCGCUUCACGCGCUCCGACGAGCUGCAGCGGCACGCGCGCACGCACACAGGUGACAAACGCUUCGAGUGCGCGCAGUGCCAGAAACGCUUCAUGCGCUCCGACCACCUGACCAAGCACUACAAGACACACCUGGUCACCAAGAACCUGUAGGGGGGACAGCCCCCCGCUGCCCCCCGCCGCAGCACUCCGGGGAGGGACCCUGGCCACGUCCCGGCCCUCCCAACCGCGCUCAGCACCCCAAAAUCGGGCUGGGGGUGUCCCGGGGACCUCGGGGGGUCACCCAGAGCCUCCCUGGGACCCCACGGGUUUAGGGGGUCACCAGAGCCCCCCAGACCAUCCCCUGUGACCCCACAGGCUCAGGGGUGACCCUCAGGUUUAGGGGGUGACCCACAGCUCCCCUGUGACCCCACAUGUUCAUGGGGUCACCCAGAGUCCCCCCUGUGACCCCACAG